AAGGGCUUUCAGUGAGAUGGAUAGACCAUAUCCAGAAAGACCAUGCUGCUGAACUUUACCAAUGACAGCUGCCACCUCCCCCUGGAAACAGACAGAGUUGGCCUGACCUACAUCUAUAGCCUGGCGUUCUCACUGGGGCUCCCAGCAAACCUGCUCUCCCUAUGGGGACUAUACCAAAUGGGCCGUUCCGGCGGGGGUGGCUGCCAGCUGGUUUACAUCCUCAAUCUGCUGCUGUCGGACCUCCUGCAGCUGCUUACCUUGCCGCUGUGGAUCAUCUACCUGCAGAGGGCGCACCACUGGGCCUAUGGCUCCAUAGCCUGCCAGUUGGUGGGCUACGUUUUUUACGUCAACAUCUAUGCCAGCGUCGUCUUUCUUUGCCUCAUUGCACUGGAUCGGUGCCUGGCCAUUGUCCACCCCCUGAGCAGCCGAGGCGUGCGGAAAGUCCGGGUAGCCGCGUUCUCAGGAGUGGUGGUUUGGACUCUCACCUUCCUGUUCUGCCUCACAGGUCUUUACCCUUCAGUGUUUGAACCAGAGAGGGAGCUCUGUCUUGAGCAAUACCCCGUCAGCCCCAGAUACGCCCGCUUCAAGAUAGCCACGGUGGCCUUGGGGUUCCUUUUACCUUGCAGCAUAUUAGGCUAUACCUCUGCCCGAAUUACGAUGACGCUACGUAGCUCUCCCUCCGUCUCCAAGCAAGAACGUCAAAAAAUCGCCGGCACGCUCACCGUCAUCACCGUCAUCUUCAUUGUGGUCUUCGGCCCCUAUCACCUGGUGGGGGGUUACAGGUUCGUGUCUCUGCUUGUGACGGAGGACCAGUGCAGCAUGGAGCGUUCUCUUUACCUGUGCUAUCGGAUUUGCUAUGGCCUCACCAGCCUAAACACUCUGCUGGAUCCCCUCUUCUACAUCUUUCUGUGCCACAACGCUCGCCACGAGUUACGCAGGUCACUGCCAUGUGUGGGCAGGGGUCAAAGUGCGCACCAAGGGCUGAGGGUCACGCUGGGGGCGAAAGGUCAGUUGGACCGUAGCGAGAGUGUGUAA